AUGGCCCCCGAUGCCGCUGUUCCCACCCUGGAGCAACUGCUUCGAGCCCCAGCAAUGCGGCAGACCCACACCUCCAUCUCCAGCCUGCCCCAGUGCCUCCCAGGCCUGGCAUCCACGAACAAGGAUGCAUCCACCUUUACCAGCCCAGGCGUUCUGGGCACGUCCUCUCCCGUCCCAGCCCAGCCAGGGCUGCAGACUGCGGCCUCCAGGCACCCACCGCGGCAACGGGCAUGCAUCCUGCCCCGCCUGCAGGGGCCAGGCCCUGGUUAUUGUCAUGGGGCAUCAGACAGUGUCUAUAACUACGGGUGGUACCACAGUGAUGCCCCUCAUAGCAGCAACCAGGCCCGGCACCACCUGCUGCCUGGGGGCCCACCCUCUGACCCCAGGCCUGGCAGCUCACCCUUUUGUCAUCAGAGGCUGCAGACCUCAAGCCGGUGCUGUCCUGAGGCAGGGCUGGGGCACUGUGGUCUGGGCACCGGGGUCCAGCGCAAGCACCCUGGGAGGAAAGGGCACCCCGUUCUGGCUGACACUGACCAGCCGCAUGCUGAGCAGCAGACCCCUCACAGACAGGACGGACCCAACAUGCCCGGGGGCCCAGAGCCCAAGGAGCAGGAGGCCAGCCCACCAGACCCGGGCUCAGGCUGCAGCCCCGCUCCACGCAGGGGACCCCUCAGGACCCUCCAGCUCACCGGCAUGGCACCCGUGACCUCGACCCACAGCCAUCCCCACGACCCAGCAAGCCCAGUGGCCACAGGACCCACAGAGGCCAGUGAGAUCUACUUGGGAAGAAGGAGGCUUCCAGACUAUACUUUGCUGUUUGCUGCCUGCCUAUCCUGGGAUAUAGAUGCAAGGCCCAGAGCGCCUCGUGUGCCACGACCCGCGGGGGGCGGGGACCGCGGUCCGCAGGGCCCCUCGGUGCCCAGCGCGGGUCACCCCAGCCGCCCGCCCACCCCGUCCCCGUCCCCGUCCCCGGGCCGCGGAGCUCCCGAGGCUGCCCCGCCCCGGCGUCCGCCCCGUCCUCCCUCCGACGAGACGCUACAAAAAGAGCGCGUCCAGGGGGUCACUUCGGGAGACGACGAGUGCGAGUGUGAACUGGAACAGUAUCGGCAUUGGGAGAACAGCAGCGAGCCGCACCCGCACCGGAGGAGGAGUCCCCAGGGAAACCGGGCCACAGAAGGACACGUCCACCCGAUCAUCCGUCACCAGUGGAAAGCAAUGAACGGAGCAGCGGGACUUGUGACGGGAAACACAACGCCCGCGACGGCCGUCAAGACGCACGGUCCAGCCUCGGGGACGAAGGAAGACGCUGUGCGCGUGGCGGUGACGCGCGGGGCCCCAAGGCCGCGCAGGCGCAGGGAGUCGGGUGUCGGGAAGGACAUCCAAAGCCCGGGCCAGGAGACUGAGGUCAGGAAGGAACAUGCCAGGGCCCAGGGUGGAUCAUCUCUUCAAGCAGAAAACAGACUUUCUAGUUCCUGGGGCUCCCUGGGGACCCUGGCUGUGGGGGGUUCUGCACUCCCCAGCACAGGGACAGCUCACUGUGCCUAUGAUUACUUCCAGUUUUGGGGCCAGGGCACCCUGGUCACCGUCUCCUCAGAGACCUCAUCCCGUCCAAAUCUCUUCCCCCUCAUCACCUGUGAGAGCUCCCUGUCCGAUGAGCCCCUGGUGGCCAUGGGCUGCCUGGCCCGGGACUUCCUGCCCAGCUCCGUCACCUUCUCCUGGAACUACAAGAACAACAGUGUGGUCAACAACCAGGACAUCCAGACCUUCCCUCCAGUCCUGAGAGAGGGCAAGUACGUGGCUACCUCUCAGGUGCUCCUGCCCUCCGUGGACGUCCUCCAGGGUUCAGAUGACUUCCUCACAUGCAAUGUGAAACACCCCAAGGGCAACAGUGAGGUGAACGUGCCCAUCCCAGUGCCUGUAGAGCUGUCCCCCAACGUGACUGUCUUCAUCCCACCCCGUGACGCCUUCUCUGACAACAACCAGCGCACGUCCCAGCUCCUCUGUCAGGCAACAGGCUUCAGCCCCAAGAAGAUCUCUGUGUCCUGGCUUCGUGACGGAAAGCCCAUCAAGUCGGGCUUCAACACAGGCAACGUGGAGGCUGAGAACCAAGGGCCCGGGCCCGGGACCUUCAGGGUGCUCAGCACGCUGACCAUCACCGAGAAUGCCUGGCUCAGCCAGAGCGUGUUCACUUGCAAUGUGGAGCACAAUGGGCUGACCUUCAAGAAGAACGUGUCCUCCGCAUGCAUCCUCAACACGCAGGCCAGCAUCAGAAUCUUCGCCAUUGCCCCCACCUUCGCCAGCAUCUUCCAAACCAAGUCAGCCAAGCUGUCCUGCAGGGUCGUAGACCUGACCACCCGCGACAGCCUGAACAUCUCCUGGACCCGCCAGAAUGGCGACUUUCUGCCAACCACCACCAUCUUCCAGAGCAACCUCAACAACACCUUCAGUGCCACGGGGGAGGCCACCGUCUGUGCAGAGGACUGGGAGUCAGGGGAGGACUUCACCUGCACGGUGACUCACACAGAUCUGCCCUCGCCACUGAAGAAGACCAUCUCUAAACCCAAGGACGUCAACAAGCAACCGCCCUCCGUCUACGUCCUGCCACCCAGCCGGGAGCAGCUGAGCCUGCGGGAGUCAGCCACAGUCACUUGCCUGGUGAAGGGCUUCUCACCCGCAGAUGUGUUCGUGCAAUGGCUGCAGAAAGGCCAACCCAUGUCCUCUGAGAGUUACGUGACCAGUGACCCGAAGCCCGAGCCCCAGGACCCCCACCUCUACUUUGUCCACAGCACCCUGACUGUGAGUGAGGAGGAGUGGAGCUCGGGGGAGACCUACACCUGUGUUGUGGGCCACGAGGCCCUGCCCCACAUGGUGACGGAGAGGAGCGUGGACAAGUCCACCGAGGGGGAGGUGAGCGCCGAGGAGGAGGGCUUCGAGAAUCUGAACACCAUGGCCUCCACCUUCAUCGUUCUCUUCCUCCUCAGCGUCUUCUACAGCACCACAGUCACCCUGUUCAAGGUGAAAUGACCCCCCCCCCGCUAAGAACUUCAGAGACCCAGAAGAUGGGACCCAGGGGGGCACUGCCUUGGGGCCCGGGGUUCCCAGCCUGCAGAGCCUGUCGACUUGCACUUAAAUCCUUCCCACGUCACCCCUCCCGCUUGCCGCCCAAAGACGCAGGCUUCUCAAGACCAGGCCAAGUGCCGUGGACGCAGCACUGCUCUGCAGUGUGCACACAUGUCGCCUUGAAAUAAACGUUUAUAUUUUAUCCUGUGAAA